AUAUGUCAAUUUUAGUAUUAAAAAAAGAUUUUGAAAUCAGAACCUUUAGUCAUUAGUUUUAAAGUAAUUUUGGGCUUAUUAUUUGAGAAAAUUUUGGAUUGAUUGUUUUCAUAGUUGGGCAUAGUUAUGCUUCCAUUUCUUCUUCUUCUUCUGUGAAUCACCCAUUUCGUCUUCCCCAAACAUUGUUGAAGAAAUGAUAUCUCUACAACACUUCUUCACAAACCCUAACCCUAACCCUAACCCUUACUCUUCCCUCUUCUACUCCUCCACCUUCAACCCUCCCAUUAUUCCUCUUGCAUCCAAAACCCUAAAACCCUACACCAAACCCUAUUCGCCCGCCACCACUGUCAAGGCAAUCCUGCAGUACAACCGCAAGCCUCAGCUCGCCGGAGAAACCCCCAGGGCCGUCGUCAUUACCUCCGGCAAAGGCGGAGUCGGGAAGACCACCACCACCGCCAACAUUGGCCUCUCCCUCGCCCGCCUCGGCUUCUCUGUCGUCGCCAUUGAUGCCGACGUCGGCCUCCGCAACCUCGACCUCCUGCUCGGCCUCGAGAACCGGGUCAAUUACACCGUCGUGGAGGUUCUCAACGGCGACUGCCGCCUCGAUCAGGCUCUCGUUCGAGAUAAGCGGUGGUCCAACUUCGAGCUGCUCUGUAUCUCCAAGCCCCGAUCCAAAUUGCCCAUUGGUUUCGGCGGAAAAGCGCUGACGUGGCUCGUGGAAGCCCUCAAGGCCCGCGAUACAGGAGUCCCGGAUUUCAUCCUCAUUGAUUGCCCUGCCGGCAUUGAUGCUGGAUUCAUCACUGCAAUCACGCCGGCAAAUGAGGCCGUCCUGGUAACAACGCCUGACAUUACUAGCCUCCGAGAUGCAGAUAGGGUAACGGGGCUGCUGGAAUGCGAUGGAAUCAGGGAUAUUAAGAUGAUUGUGAACAGAGUCCGAACAGAUAUGAUCAAGGGAGAGGACAUGAUGUCAGUGCUUGAUGUGCAGGAAAUGCUAGGGUUGCCAUUGUUGGGGGUGAUUCCUGAGGAUACAGAGGUCAUUAGAAGUACCAACAGAGGAUAUCCAUUGGUGCUGAACAAGCCGCCCGCCCUGGCUGGGCUGGCAUUCGAGCAAGCUGCCUGGAGGUUGGUCGAGCAGGAUAGUAUGGAAGCUGUAAUGGUGGAAGAGCAGCCGAAGAAACGAGGAUUCUUCUCAUUUUUUGGAGGGUAGAAAGUGAAGUUCUUUGCAGCUGCUUGGUGGGAAGGAAAGAAGCUGUGUACAGUAGGAGAGUUGAGGUUUGCCAUUCUUCCAUUUUCGUUGUUUCACGUUUGAUUGAUGGUAGAUAGGAUUAUAAAUUGUAGUACCUUUUUGUUUUGCUGAUUUCUUGAGCUGAACUGUAUCAUGUGUUCCAAUUAAAUCCAAUUUCUUUAUGAUAUCUGUGCUCAA